UGUGUGGUUGCUGUUACGGAUCGGUUGUUGAUCAUCGCGCUAAUCAAAAGUUUGCUACAAAUUGUUUCGCGUCGAUUGUGAACCGUAUUUUCCCAAGAUGUUUACAAGUAAACCCAUGGACUCUCCCAUCGCUAAAGCAGUGCUGGCCCCAAUGCAUGGGCCAACAAUCGAGAUUCAUCUUAACGAUCAUAGCGAGCUGCCAGCGGUUGUGACCCGUUCUCGCAAACCAACACACUGCGUUCUCACACCACAAUAUCUGCAAUCGGCUGAGCGCAUUCGUAAUCUUACCGUUUACGAGGACGAUGUGUGGAUACUGAGCUUUCCCAAGUGUGGCACAACCUGGACGCAGGAAAUGGUCUGGUUGGUGAGCCACGAUUUGGAUUACGCUACGGCUGCUGAGGUCAAUCUUCUCGAGCGAUCCAUCUUUCUUGAAUUCUCAGCCUUUGUGCUGAACUUUCCCGGGGAUACAAUUAAGCAGGUAGAGGAUGCACCAAGACCUCGCCACAUUCAAUGUCACCUGCCGCUGGCAUUGCUCCCCCGGCAAAUCUGGACGAUCCGUCCACGGCUUAUCUAUUGUGCGCGUAAUCCAAAGGAUGCGACGGUCAGUUUCUACCAUCACUAUCGUCAUAUCCACGGCUAUCAGGGAUCGAAGGAGGACUUUCUGGAGGCUAUGUUGGCCGAUCAAGUCCUAUUUGGGCCACAGAUCCCACAUACGCUGGACUUCUGGACCGUUCGUCAGGAGAUGAACAUCCUUUUCAUUCACUUUGAAGACAUGAAACUAGACAUGAAAUCCGUGCUAAGAAGAGUUUGUAAAUAUUUUGGAAAAUCUUACACUGACGACCAGCUGUCCGAGUUAGAGCGACACCUUUCCUUCGAUGUUAUGAAAAAUAACAAAUCGGCCAACAACUCGUGCGUUUUGGAGCUAGUGGAGGGUUUGUCGGGAAAAAAGGUGGAAGACUUCCAAUUCAUGCGAAAAGGAAAAAUUGGUUCCCAUCAGGAAGAACUGUCCGGAGAGUACGUAAGCCGCUUGGAUCAUCAGAUAGAAACGCACCUUGCCGGCAGUGAUUUCAGAUUCAAGGAAUAA